CCAAAGGCCCUAGAAAUGCGGGAGCGCGGGCUGCUCUUGCGCUGUGCGGCGGGCCGACCACAGCAUGGCCUCUCCCAAGCGGUUUCCGACGCUCGUUCAGCUGGAGCAGCGAGAAGGGACGCUCUUCGAGGUGCUUGGUAACCUCACCAAGCGGCCCUACUGGUUUCACUCCGAGUACCUGAAGAGCCCGAAGGCAGUUCACCUGGAGGCCUGGCUGGUGGAAGCGAUCUUCGGCCGGGGUGGAGAACACAUCCCUCACGUCGAGUGUGUGUCGCAGACCCUGCUUCACGUUCAUCAGUGGGACCCGGACGGCGAGGCUGAAAUCUUGAUAUUUGGCCGGCCUUAUUACCAGCAGGAUGUAUCCAAGAUGAUCAUGAACUUGGCUGACUAUCACCGUCAACUCCGGGCGCGAAGCUCUGAGAAGGCUCCUGCCCGGGAGGCGGCCACCCAGCGGUCCCCCGACGCUGUCCAGGAGGCCGGAACCCAGCGGUCCCCCGACGCUGUCCAGGAGGCCGGAACCCAGCGGUCCCCAGACGCAGUCCAGGAGGCCGGGACCCAGCGAUCCCCAGACGAAGUCCAGGAGGCCGGGACCCAGCGAUCCCCUAGCGCAAACCAGCAGGCGGCGAUUCAACUGUCAUCCGGGAAAGCCCGGGAGACGGGGACCCAGCGAUCCCCCAUUGCUGCCCGAGAGGCCGGGACCCAGCGAUCCCCCAUUGCUGCCCGAGAGGCCGGGACCCAGCGAUCCCCCAGCGCAAUCCAGCAGGCGGCGACCCAAUUGUCACCCCAGAAAGUCCAGGAGACUGGGACCCACCGGUCCCCCGGCGCAGCCCGCGAGGCGGCCACCCAGCGGUCCCCCGGCGCAGCCCGCGAGGCGGCCACCCAGCGGUCCCCCGGCGCUGCCCGCGAGGCGGCCACCCAGCGGUCCCCCGGCGCAGCCCGCGAGGCGGCCACCCAGCGGUCCCCCGGCGCAGCCCGCGAGGCGGCCACCCAGCGGUCCCCCGGCGCAGCCCGCGAGGCGGCCACCCAGCGGUCCCCCGGCGCAGCCCGCGAGGCGGCCACCCAGCGGUCCCCCGGCGCAGCCCGCGAGGCGGCCACCCAGCGGUCCCCCGGCGCAGCCCGCGAGGCGGCCACCCAGCGGUCCCCCGGCGCAGCCCGCGAGGCGGCCACCCAGCGGUCCCCCGGCGCAGCCCGCGAGGCGGCCACCCAGCGGUCCCCCGGCGCAGCCCGCGAGGCGGCCACCCAGCGGUCCCCCGGCGCAGCCCGCGAGGCGGCCACCCAGCGGUCCCCCGGCGCAGCCCGCGAGGCGGCCACCCAGCGGUCCCCCGGCGCAGCCCGCGAGGCGGCCACCCAGCGGUCCCCCGGCGCAGCCCGCGAGGCGGCCACCCAGCGGUCCCCCGGCGCAGCCCGCGAGGCGGCCACCCAGCGGUCCCCCGGCGCAGCCCGCGAGGCGGCCACCCAGCGGUCCCCCGGCGCAUCCUGGAAAGCCGGAACCCAGAGCUUCCUCGAAGUUACGCAGGAUCCAGAUACCAGUUUCUGAAGGCGUUCCGCGCUCAGGAGCAAGAGAGCCAGGCAAGGUCCAAGUGAAAGCCCCUCCUGGAAACCUGUUCUCCCAAGUCCCGUUCUACUGCAGCAGCUGAGAAAAGAAUGGUGUGCGUUUAUGAUUUUUGGUUUCCCUGGUCCCCGCCACUCCCUGCUAAAAGUUUGCAAACAUGAAUCUGAAGAGUUCUAAUAAAGAAUCAAAUUUC